CUUGUUUAUCUUUACCUUCAAAUUUAGAAGAAUUUGAACCUAUCAUCUCAACAGCAAUUGAUCAUAUUAAUUGUGAAGAGUAUAAUUCAACAGAAAACAAUUGUGCUUUUCGUUUAUACAAUAGUUCUAUUGGUAUUAUUUCAAAUAUUAUAGAUGAAAAUACAAUAGAUGUUGCAUUUUCAACAACACAAACAAUUAUCUCUGCUACUAUAAAAAAAACUACAAAACACUUCAAUUUAAAUGGCACACCUGCUAGUUGA